AUGACGAUUCGAUUAGACAUCUGGCAUCUGAUGCGAAGGCUUGCUACCGGGUGCUCGACAGACUCCCAUCAACUCUACAGCGUCUUUCUCGGUCGGCUGUCGGCCUGCAUCUUCGAGUGGAGUGGGGAGGACCUCAGGCUCCUCAUGGAGGCAAAGAGAGCAGUACUCGUUGGACAGCACAUCUUUAAUCCAACAGACCAGGAUGUCAUCUCCAGCAUCUCACCGAAGGAGAUGGCACAACACUGCAGGAGGAAGACCAGGGGAGCCGAAGAGACCACAUGGCUCAUCAGAGAUCUGAUUGCAGCCCUGGACAGAGAGCAGGGACUCGACACCCUUCGAGUGCCCCUGUUCGACCAUGACCGCAUCUGGCACGAGUGGGACAAGCAGAAGAACCACAUGGAAUGCAUCCACGAUCCAGAUGACAUCAGUCUCUACACCAAGAUAGGCGAGAUGGUCAAAGGCGGGGAACUCGUGCGAGUGGCGUCCACUUCCAAGCCUACCUAUUGGAAGGAGUAUCUAGCUGGAAUCAAGACCGCAGCACAAGCCAUAAGCAUAAGGGGCAGCGGACCCCGUGUGAACACCUACAGUGGUCUGCUGCGACAUGCAGUCAACGUUCUUGCGGAGGAAAUUCUUCACAUGAAGAUCGACCCAUCCUUUGUUGCCCCCCAGGAGUACACAGGAGAACUCAUCAGAGUGGAGUACCUCUAUGCUCAGACAAAUGCAGUUCUGGGGCUCACAGAGCCAGAAUGCAUGGAGGAAGCUGUCGUAGUAGACGAGGACUUUGAUGAAGGAUUUGAGGAUGCGAGUGAGGUAGAGGAUCUCACACAACCUGGGAUCUCUGCUACAUCGGCAAGCACCCGCCAUUCUGUCAGAGCAGCACCUCCUGAAGAUCAACAGACAUCUUCACUCGAACACAAUGUCAGGAAAAGACCUUACGGAGUCAACCCAGCGAUGGAGACUGCUGGAGCAUCUUUGGAUUCCAUCAUGGAUGAAAGUAGUUCAAGAUGUCGCCAUCGACAGAAAGUCGCCCCAACCCCCAGGGUAGCCACAACGGCACCCAAAGUCUUUAUCGCAAUUCCAACGGGUACACCACCUCCACCACCACCACUUCCACGAUUCUUCACCCCGAGGGGGGCCGCUCUAGCAGUGCAAAGUGGGGCUACACCAUCACCAGCAGAAGAGGUCGAGAGACACACCCCUGUAGGACCAAUGGAGACUACUACACCAUCACCAGCAGAAAAACAAAGAAGUACAAGCCAAGAACCAGGGGGACCACUUGCUGAAAGUGCUAGAAGCUUCGAGACAACACCACACAAAGUCAGUACUACGUAG